AUGAAAGGAGUUUAUAGACAACUAGCUAUAAUAUUGAUAAUAUCCUUUGUACUCCUUUGUACUUCUAUUAUAUAUGCCACAGAUGCAGCUGUUGAUAAUAACAAACCAAGUGAAGAACAACAAAGACAACAACAUCUACAACAACAACAACAUAUACAUGAUGUACAUAUACAUCCAGAACAACAUCAUCAACAUGAUGUACAUGUAAAAGAGACUCAACCAGUUGAUCCACAACAUAUUGAACAUCAUCAACAACAACAACAACAUCCUGUCAAUGAGGAUACUGAAGAACAACAUGUAGAUGUAGAUCAAGUACAAGAACAACAAGAGGAGGUAGAAGAGGAGAAGAAGAAACAACAAAAGACUGCAUCAUCGAUUCCAAGUAUAAAGUCAUCGAUAAAGUUCGAAGUGAUUGUUGGUGAGAGUGCAGCGUUGGACAGAUACAAGACGUGGGCAGAGAAUGGCGUUGUCAAUGUAAUGCCAAUGACUCUGGCGAAUGGCACAAAGUUCACCUGUUAUAUCCCAGUGCCCAGGGACGAGGAGGAGGAUGACACCUGGUUGGAGAUCCCCACAAGCGAGGACUUUGAAGAGGCCCUGGCGCCAAUGGAGUUGGCCGCAUGCCUGCUGAAACCAGGCGGUUGGUGGCAAUACGAGUACUGUCACAACAAGCACAUCCGUCAGUUCCACAUGGGCAAGGCCGAAAAGGUCGAAGCCGAGUUCAGUCUGGGCGUGGUGAGCAAGGUGACGCGACUGGGACACGUCCGCGGCAUCGACCCAGCAUUCAUCGAGAGCUACAACAACAAGGAGGAGACGUCGUUGCCAGACAACACGCCGCCACCCUACUACGCCAAGACCUAUCAGCAUGGCACGCCGUGUGAUCUGGUGCCUGGACAGCGACAGACCGAAGUCAGGUUCUACUGCCACGACGAGCAGUCCAAGCAACCAUUCAGCUUCAUACAAGAGAUCAUCGAGCCAUCCUCCUGUCAUUAUAUCAUCCGCAUUCAAACCAGUCGAAUGUGUAUCCAUCCACUUUUCAAGCCAAAGAAGGAUUUGAUCUAUGACAUUGCAUGCUUCAGACAACUCUGA